AUGCCUCUCAACGCCGACGCUGUAUACUCCCGCUCAAAUGCGGACUAUGUCCCAUUUGCCAGUCGACGGAGUACAGUUCACAGUACCAAGGGAAUCAUAUCAUGCACUCAACCUCUAGCUGCUGCUGCGGGUCAUAAGAUCCUGAGCCAGGGUGGAAAUGCAGCGGAUGCCGCUGUCGCCGUGGCCGCCGGACUUAACAUGACCGAGCCCGGUUCCACGGGUAUCGGAGGUGACAUGUUCUGUCUCUUCUACAAUGCCAAGACAAAGAAGGUGCAUGCACUUAAUGGCUCUGGUCGAUAUCCUGGUAAAGCCACUUUGGAGAAAGUCCGAAAGGACCUCGGUCUCGCCCCUGGUGAGACGGGCAAAAUGCCCAUGCUGAAUGCUAUAUCUGUAACUACGCCUGGAGCAGCUGCGGGAUGGGUUGAUACAAUUCAGAAAUUUGGUAGCGGUUUGUUAUCGCUCGAACAGAUUCUUCAGCCUGCUAUUGAGAUGGGAGAGGAAGGGUUCCCUGUGUCGGAGCUUUCGUCUCAGGGUUGGAAUGUUGGCGAGCAAACUAUCCGCAAUGCAUCUCCUAAUUUCCGUGAAAUGUUGAAAGUCGACCAGUCAGCCAAAGAUGGUGUGCGAGCUCCGCGUCCAGGCGAGAUCAUGAAGAAUCCCACUCUAGCCAGUACCUUCCGCGCGCUCGCGGCCGACGGCAAGAACGGAUUCUACAAGGGCCGGAUCGCUGAAGCUAUCGUCAAGGUGGUGCAAGAUCAGGGUGGGUACAUGUCACUCGAGGAUCUAGCCUACCACGCCGAGAUCGGGACGCAGGAAGUCGACCCGAUCUCACUCAAGUUCACCGGCCAGGACAUCGUCUCCAAAGCAACACCCGGCACAGAUGGUGAAGCCAACCAGGGCAUCGAGAUCUGGGAGCACCCACCUAACGGCCAGGGCAUCGUGGCGCUAAUGGCACUCGGCAUCAUGGAGGAACUCGAGAAAUCAGGCAAGAUCCCCAAGUUCACCGAAGCCCAACAUAACUCAGCCGAGUACCUACACGCCGUGAUUGAGAGUCUGCGCAUCGCGUUCGCCGACGCAGCCUGGUGGGUCACAGAUCCAGACGUGGAGCGUGUGCCAUCUCAAGGCCUACUCGACCGCGCAUACCUCGCAGAGCGGGCGAAGCUGUUCACCCCCGAACGCGCAGCAGAUAUCAUGGACCAUGGCAGUCCGGCACACAACCACUGCGACACUGUAUAUUUCGCAGUGACAGAUAGUGAGGGCAACGGCAUUUCUUUCAUCAACAGUAACUACGAAGGGUUCGGAACGGCCAUCAUCCCUGCUGGCUGUGGUUUCACGCUGCAGAACCGUGGUGCCAAUUUCUCGCUGCAGGAAGGCCACCCCAAUGUCCUGGCUCCGAACAAGCGACCAUACCAUACCAUCAUCCCUGCCCUUAUUACUAAUGUCUCGGAUGGCUCCUUGCACUCCGUUUACGGUGUCAUGGGUGGCUUCAUGCAGCCACAGGGUCAUGUCCAGGUUUUGCUCAAUAUGCUUGCCUUCGGAUAUCAUCCCCAAGCAGCGCUUGAUUCGCCUCGCUUCUGUCUGGCAGCGCCGACGAACGAGACUACUGACCGCACGGUGUUGGUUGAAGAGGGCAUUAGUGAUGCUGCUGUGGAGGGUCUGCGUCGCCUUGGUCACAAGAUUGAGGUGUUAACUGGUUGGAAGCGGGCUAUGUUUGGUCGUGGCCAGGUCAUUCGCUCGUACUAUGACGAUGGGAAGCUGGUUUAUGCUGCAGGCAGUGAUCCUCGCGGCGAUGGAAUGGCGUUCCCUUUGCUGUAG